GGAGAAUUCCGAGCGGUGAAAACACCGUCUGGCGCUCGGUGUCUCCCGGUCUCUGCCCUCUAGCCGACUUUGAGGGUAGCGCCUCGGUCACGGCACCGCCCACCCCUCUGAACUGGGGAGAAAGAAACUGGGCGGCAUUACCAGAGUUUCUAGUUCGGAGUGGGAGGCAAGGGGUUCAGCACCUUUGUUCCUCCCGACCCCCCGGGACAGUGGCAGGGCUCUGAGGACAAUGUUUCCCCCUUUGUCUUAGGCCUCCAGCGUGAGCUGGGCCUCGAAUUUGAGUCACAGUAGGGCCGUCCGGGCGGGCUCGGAAGGAAACUGAUACCUGACAAUGGCUCAGUCCACCCUGGACUUGAAUUGUGAGGUGUUGAGUCAAGAUGACCUUCGCAAAAAGCUGUACCAGACGUUUAAGGAUCGGGGUAUACUGGACACCCUCAAGACACAACUCAGAAACCACCUAAUUCAUGAGCUGAUUCACCCUGCAUUGGGGGGAGAACUGCAACCUCGGUCCAAUUCAGUAGAAGAGUGCUCUCUCUUAGCAGGCGCCUCUAACUCUCUAGUGGCAAAUCACCUACAAAGAUGUGGCUAUGAAUAUUCCCUUUCUGUUUUUGUUCCAGAAAGUGGUUUGGAAAAAGAAAAGGUAUUUACUAUGCAGGAUCUACUACAACUCAUUAACAUCAACCCUGCCUCCAGUCUCUACAGAUCACUGAUUUCUGGAUUUGAAGAAAACCAAAAAGGUUUUCUUAUGCAGUUUUUAAAAGAGUUGGCAGAAUAUCAUGAGGCAAAGGAGAGUUGUGAUACAGAAACUCAGACAAGUACAUUUCUUGGCAUAGAUUCUCUUGCUGAGAAGCUUCAGCUUAUUGAUGAACAGUUUGCAGGUGUUUACCCUCAGCGUGCCAAGUUAGAGUGUCUAGAAAUAAAGUUAAAUGAUUAUAAGAGAGAAAUAGAAGAGCAACUUCAGGAAGAAAUGUGUCAAAAGUUGAAGUAUUUUAAAGACACCGAAAUAGCAAGAAUUAAAAUGGAAGAGAAAAGAAAGUAUGACAAGGAAUUAGCUGAGUUCCAGAAUGAAUGUGAGAAAGCUUAUCAGGAAAAAUCUGAAGCCCUCAUUUCUCGGGAAAAGAAUACCUUUGAGAGAAUUCAAAAGCACCAGGAGAUGGAAACAAAAGAAAUUUAUGCUCAAAGGCAGCUUCUAUUGAAAGAUAUGGAUUUACUAAGAGGCAGAGAAGCAGAACUGAAGCAAAGAGUUGAAGCUUUUGAAUUGACCCAGAAGCUCCAAGAAGAGAAAAAUAAAAGCAUAACUGAAGCACUUAAGAAACGGGAACAGGAUUUAAAGAAUAUUGAGGAGACCUAUGACCAAAAGCUCAAGAAUGAAAUUCUAAAGUAUCAACUAGAACUAAAAGAUGACUAUAUCACCAGAACUAAUAAACUGAUGGAAGAUGAAAGGAAGAAUAAAGAAAGAGCUGUUCAUUUGCAAGAGGAGCUUAUAGCUGUUAAUUCAAAAAAGGAAGAACUUAAUCAAUCAAUAAAUCACAUGAAAGAACUUGAGCUUGAGUUAGAGUCUGUUAAAGCCCAGUCUUUGGCAAUGACAAAACAAAACCACAGGCUGAAUGAAAAACUUAAAGAGAUGAGUGAUUAUUCACUGCUAAAAGAAGAGAAACUGGAGCUUCAGGCACAAAAUAAGCUACUUAAACAACAAUUGGAAGAGAGUAGAAAUGAAAACUUGUGUCUCCGAAACUGUAUAGCUCAGCCAGCUCCUGAGCUUAUGGCUUUUCAGAAAGAAUUAAAGAAGCCAGAAAAUGCUACAGCAUCUGAGCACAAGGAGUUUGAAAACCGCAGGGAAGCUCUAGAAAAACAGCUGCAGAAUGAAGUUGAACAUUCUGCGCAGCUAAAGGCUCAACUGUUAGAUUAUGAUACUUGUAUGAAGAGGUUAACUACUCAGGUUGCUGAUUUAAAAUUGCAAUUGAAGCAAACUCAAACAGCCCUAGAGCAUGAAGUAUACCGCAAUCCAAAGCAGUCUCUGAUUGAUCGUUCCAUCAGUGGGUUUGUAAGUGGCAAGAUGGUGCCUCAUGAUGGUGAUAUAAGUGGCGAUUUCGUGAAUAAUCCUCUUGAUCAGGAAAAAGUUAUAUCAGAUAUAGUUGUACCAAAGAUCACAAAGUAUCUAAAUGCAGGGGCGGAGGGUAAUUCUCCUGAUUCUGACCUUGAGUUUGUAGCCAACACUAAGGCAAGAGUCAAAGAGCUGGAGCAAGAGGCCGAACGCUUGGAAAAGGCAUUCAGAAAUUACCAUCAGAGAGUCAUUCAGACCCCUUCCAAAAGCCCACUCCCACCAAAGAGCCCACCAUCUCCACACUUGCUGGAAGCUCUCAAAAACGUUACUUCCAGUUCUCCAGAAAGAGAUAUUUUUGCAGAGGACAGAAUUAUCUCUGAUCAGCCUCAGGUGGGCAUGUUUAAAGAGGAAAAGAGGGAUACCUCAGGAGUGAUGACUAGCAGCUCAGUCUCCCGGCUACGCAGGGGCACUCCCUCCAGACGCCUCUCUUCCACGCCUCUUCCAAAAGCAAAAAGAAGCCUUGAAAGUGAAAUGCAUCUGGAAGGUUUGGACAGAUCACAGGUUGUUUCCCCCAGGCCUUGUCCUGACAGAAUAUCCCUAAUGUCACCUGCCCAGUCAAAGAACAGCCUCUCUAACCUUCCCUUCCACACCCCUCCUGAGCAGAAGGCAGGUCUUUAUCACAGAGAAGCUGAACUUCAAGGCAAAAACGUAUCUUCAAAUAUGGACAAACUAGCUUUUAAUGAGCAUGAGGAAUUUGGAUCAUCUUUUGAAUAUGCAGGAAAUGUGCCAAGACAAUUUGAAGUGGAUGGGUUCCACCCUGCUGGUGAUAUGCUUCAUGUGGAUGCUGUGGCAGCUGCUAGGCCCACUGGACCCACCUCGUAUCAUUGCCCAAAUCCACAACAAAUGGAUGAAAAUGAAAAAGACAAAAUAUGGGAACAGCAAAUGAAAGAACGAAGGCAGAGAGAAGAAAGAAGGCACAGUGACCGACAUGAAGUUUUAGAAAGGGAACGAAGAGAACUGGAAAAACUGGAUCAAGAAAGGAGGAUGAUUGAAGAAUCAUUGAAGAUUGAAAUGGGAAGAGAAAUGAGUGAUCAAGAAACAAAGGACAAAUCUCCCCAGAAGGAAAACCCCUUAGAAAAAUACAUGAAAGUCAUCCAGCACGGGCAAGACCAGGCGGUGGCAGAUGAGGGCUCAAAACAUAAGGUCAGAGAAGUUUCUCUAGUGGACACGCUGCCACCUAGUGACAAAGAUGAAAGUUUCACAGGCUUUUCUCCUGAAGACCUAGAGGACUCUUGGUAAUCACGUUUGCUCCCCAGAUUCUUGCAUACAACCGGGAAUAAUAUAACAUUGAGCUAAGUGUUUCUCUGUAAUCGAACAAAAUCCUCAAUAAAAAUUUUGUGAA